CCACUCCAGGCACGCGACCUGAAAAAACACUGGGGUUAAAUAAAAGAAUAUAGAGUAGGGAACUGUCCAGAACCACCUCGGUCCACACUCCAUUUCAGUAGGUGGCGGUAAUGCAUACCAGAAGGUUGCUUGCCAACCGCCAUUAAAGAAAAUAAGAAGAAGAAGAAGAAGAAGGCACGCGACCUGGCCACGCCCCCUCGUCCCUCGACACACCUGCAGCUGCAAUAAUGGACAAUCGGCAUCAGGUGGUGAAUGUAGAGCGUUUGCAGGCGCUGGAAACAUGGCUAAAAAGCACCGGCAUUAAGAUCAGACAAGUAAAUGGCCAGAGGAGAUAUGGCGGACCACCUAAGGAGUGGAAUGGUCCGACACCAGGACCUAACUGCGAGGUGUUCAUCAGCCACAUCCCUCGUGACACCUUUGAGAAUCUGCUCAUCCCCCUCUUCAGCACGGUGGGUCCGCUGUGGGAGUUGCGCUUGAUGAUGAACUUCAGCGGGCAAAACCGUGGAUUUGCCUACGCCAAAUACGCCUCAGCGGACGUAGCCAAAGAUGCAAUAAUGCAACUUCAUGGCCACGAGCUGCAGCCUGGCGUGCAAAUUAGCGUCUGCAGGAGCACCGAGAAGAAGCAUCUCUGCAUCACAAACCUGCCAGCCAACACCAAGCCAGGCCACCUUCUUCAGGUGCUGCGUGGGCUGACAGAAGGAGUAGAGAGACUUUCCCUCACAGCAGGACCAGGAAUAGAUGGCGUUUCUGCUCAAGUCUGUUUCUCUUCUCAUCACAACGCUUCUAUGGCCAAGAGGAUGCUGGCAGAAGCGUUCCAGCAGCGGUACAAUUUGAGGAUUUCUGUCAUGUGGAUGACGCACAUGAGAGGCUCAGAUGAUUCCAGUUUUGUGGCGUCACAACCAAACCUUCCAAGCAGCAUUGUCAAAGCCCCACCCUACUUAGCCCCACCUCCUGGCCUGCAAUGCCCUUUGCCCAUCCCCUCUGAUUUCUGCAGAGCUGUGGGAGCACCCAUUGAUCCAAAAUCAGAGCGUGUGAAGCAUGUGCCCAUCUUGCCAGCGUCUCCACUGAUGCUCCUGCAGAAGUUGCAUUUCGGACGUCCGCACUUUGAGUUUCAGUGCAGCCACGCAGGACCUGAUGGAUUCAUUCACUUCACCUACAAAGUGUGCCUCCCAGGUGUAGGCUUUAUCUUCUCAGGGCGGGUCACGAUUCUGGCCGGACCCACGGCCGCUACCACCCUGGAGGUAGCAAAGGAUGCUGCAGCUCUUCAAGUCCUGAAGGCUAUGCAGUCUGCUGGCUUCCAUCUUUAGUGUCAUCUCUUUCUUUCUGCCUCUUUUAGAUUACAACUAUUGUACUCUGCUGGCUUUAUAUUUUUGUACCAUCCAUCCAUCCAUUUUGUACCGCUUGUCACGUUCAGGGUUGCGGGGGGUGCUGGAGCCUACCUCACGUUUGUUUUAUAUUAUUUUAGUGUGAUUUGAUGUUUAUAUUGUUCUUUUACUCUGUAUACGUUAUAUUAUUUUACCAUGUUUUAUAUUCUUCUUCUCUGCAUGCUUUAUAUUCCUCUAGCGUGAUUUGACGUGUUUGGUAUUGUUCUUUGACUCUGCAUGCUUUUUAAUAUUGGUGAACAAUGUAUGUUUUAUAUUCUACACUGCAUGCUUUAUAUUCGUAGUGCACCUUGUUUUAUGUUAUUGUUCCAGUGCCUCCUUAAAAAGGUAAAAAAAAUACAUUGGUGUUUUUACAAACACACAAUAUAACAAAUACUAUAUUACAUAUAAUGUAAAAAAAGACCUAUGUGUUAAAUGCAAACAAACUUCAGAGUGCAACACAAACAUGUGUGCACUGUUGGAGACUAUGCUUUAUAUUUACUUGAAAAAUCAAGAAUUCAAACAUUUCAUAUUUACAAACUGCUUUCUUAAUGCUCAACCUUCCCUGCACUCGUAACACUAAAUCACUGGAUGACAACCACAUUAACAAGUAAUGAUGGUUUGAUGUUUGGCGCCCCCUGGUGGCUCAGGGCAGCUGCUUAGGUCACAAGGAGAAUGGAUGUCCAAAAACAAGUUUGAUAAUAGAAUGUACAUUAUGGCAAUAAUAGCUUCUUAAUAAGAGACUAAAGUGAUUAAUAAUUAUGUAUGUUGAAUGAUAGGUUUGGUAACGGUAUAAUAAUGGUGUACUAACAAAUUAUUUUUCAUAGUUAAUCCCUGUGGCUGUCUCACCUUUUUCUGUUCUCUGUUGAAAGUUAAGAUUAAAAUAAUGCUGAAAUGUAUUAUAAUUGGUCAAAGCCGAAAACUUUCAAAAGGCAAUAUUUUGAAAUGUUUAAAAAUUAUUGUGAUUUUUUUUCGUGUUUGUUGUACAUUUAUUCACCAAUUCCUAGUUUCACUAUGGAAAAUCUAAUAAAAAUGAGUCAAAUCUUUUGCAAGUUUAAAUUAUUUUUAUUUAAACAUAAUUUAAGUAAAUUGAUAUGUUUGGUUACAAUAUAAUACGUGUAAGAGACUAAAGUGAUUGGUGAAGAUAUUAAAGCAUUUGAAUGUUUGGUUACAAUAUAAUAUUCCAUGUUGACUUGUGUUCAUGUUGCAGCGUUCCAGCAGCGGUACAAUUUGAAGAUUUGAAAGAGGCAAAAUCAAGCUGUUUUAUUAAUGGCAUGAUUGUUACAUGUACAUUUUUGUCAGGAAGUGGACGAAUAAAAGUUAUUC